CUGGCAGGCAGACAGACAGUUCGGAGUAAUUUUCCAGACAUUGAGAUGUUGGGUUUCUUUCUACAGUUAUCGAAGUUCAUACGUGUAGUGUAGUUUUAUUUAUGUUGUUUGUCAAGUGUUAAAUGUUCUAUAAACUGUGCUUAGUGACGUGCAAUAGUUUUUAACGUGUUAAUCUUUGUAUAGAGAGCAAAAUUUUGGGCAAUCGAGCCAGACUGAAGUGGCUUAGUUGAAUGCUAAACAGCUUCGCCAUCAAAGAGGUCACACCAACACAAGUACAAACAACAACUCAGUUCGAUUUCCCAGUGCUCCGGAUUUAAUUCCAAGGAAGUUUGUGCUCCAAUGUUUAAAAACAUAUCGUGAUUCGAUUGUGAAUCGAAAACUGAAGCCACGAAAACCUGAAAACCUGUGCAGUUGUUAUCCAUGUAACGAAAUAAUGGUGACGUUUUGUUUUCGUCUGUAAACACGGGACACUAUUAUGGUAGCAAUCAUGCCCACCGUCAAGAACUAACUCCUGGUGCUGCUGCUACAGUAACAUUUGCUACCCGGCUGUACGUUGGAAUCAGAAAAACGCCCGGAAUAGUAUGUCGUCGUCGUUGACCGGACGGAACUAAAGCCGGAUUCCCUGUUUCAAGAGAGAAAGCUUUGUAUAAGUUCCUAACUGCGAAAAACGAUACGCUAGAGCUAGCGAGAAUGCGUUCCAUUCUAUUCAUAGCAACGAGUCUGGCAAUAUUUACCUUCGAGCUGGAUGCAUCCCUGAGUCGGAGUAAUGCUGAGACGACCGGACUGGUUUGCGAGACGUACGAAUGCAAAGAUGGAGACUGUACGGUGGGAACCGAGGUUUGCGAGGAAGGCGAUGCGGAUAAACCCGUCGGAUGUUUUGUAGUGUGGAGCACCAACAAUGUAACCAAUGAGGUAAAGGUUACUAUGAAGGGAUGCUUCCUGAAUCCGACUGAUUGCAACAAUACGGAAUGUGUGGACACUUCCCACGGUACCAAGAAUAAUCUAAACUACUGCUGCUGCCGGGCCAAUAUGUGUAACAGAGAGCACAAGUGGAUCCCAGUGGUGACCCAGCCGCCCGAUGUGGUGCAUCACGUUACACCGCGGUCGAACAGUUUCUUUCUCGUCGCUAUGGUCAUGUCCUUUCUGGUGUUGAUGAUAGGGAUCGGUUCGACUCUGAUAUGGCGACACCGGAAGCAGUCGAUGUUUAACGAAAUCCCAACGAUCGAGCCAGAAAUCACAAGUUCAUCACCCAAUCUAGCCCUGAGACCGAUCACGCUAAACGAGGUGAAGGCACACGGUCGCUUUGGAGUGGUCUGGAAAGCUCAGCUAAUGUCGCAACCGGUGGCAGUGAAGAUUUUUCCGGUGCAGGAACGACAGUCUUGGAUCACGGAACAGGAAGUUUUCAAACUACCCCGGAUGAAUCACCCGAACAUACUGCAAUUUAUCGGAUGCGAGAAACGAGCCGAGGCAUCGAAUACCGAUUUUUGGCUGAUCACUGCCUACUGUCAGCACGGUUCCCUGUGUGAUUACCUCAAGUCACACACCGUCACAUGGCACGAACUGCGCAUCAUCGCCGAAAGCAUGUCCCGUGGAUUGAUGCAUUUACACGAGGAAAUUCAGGGCAGCAAAACGGAGGGCUUGAAACCGUCGAUUGCGCAUCGAGAUUUCAAGAGCAAGAACGUUCUGCUGAAGGAUGAUUUGACGGCUUGCAUAGCAGACUUCGGACUGGCAUUGGUAUUCACACCAGGCAAACCUUGCGGUGACACUCACGGUCAGGUCGGCACGCGGCGCUACAUGGCACCGGAAAUCCUGGAGGGUGCCAUCAACUUCACCCGGGAUGCGUUCCUGCGCAUCGAUGUGUACGCGUGCGGUUUGGUACUGUGGGAGUUGGUAUCCCGCUGCACCGAACACGGCGGCACGGUCGAUGAGUAUAGGUUGCCGUUCGAGGCUGAGCUGGGUUUGCACGCGACAUUGGAGGAAAUGCAGGAGAAUGUCGUCUCGAAGAAGCUCCGCCCACGCAUCUACGAUCACUGGAGGAAUCAUAAUGGUCUCAACGCCUUGUGCGACACCAUGGAAGAAUGUUGGGAUCACGAUGCGGAGGCCCGCCUGUCGUCGUCGUGCGUGAUGGAACGCAUAUCACAGCAUGGACGCAUCCAGCCGACCACUCCUCUGCUCAUCGAAACUAACACUACAAAUGACCUGCCACCGAAGGUUGCAUCGGAAAGUGUGUAAGCCUGCCUAGUAGUGGGUUUGACGGAAGCAUCAAAACGAACCGUGAACGUCUAUCCUGAAGCUCUAUACUCGUGUGCUACUUCAAUUGUGAAUAAUCUAGUUUUGUUUUAAACACAUUGAAAAGCAGACAUGUUUUUGGCGUUUUAUUUACGAUCAAAAAGGAUCACAGUCUGACCACGUGAGACGCGUGACGAACUGAUUGUUCAGGGAUACUAUUUAGAAGUAGCGAAUUUUAAAAUAUUAUUAACAUUCAUGUGUGAGUUUAAUUUUUCAAAAUCAAGAAUGUCGACAAACGUAGUAACGUUUCGGUAGGUGGCCUUUGCGAUCGCGAGCGAUUGGUAGCUUAAUUUUGGACUGAUUUGAUUAGCCGAUAUCAUAAACAAACAAACAAACAAACAAAAAAGUGAAAAAUCAAAAUCUUAAAAAUCGUUGUUACAAUAAUUGACCCAUUGAAUGAGGAAAACAAAAAAAAACAAUUCAUUUAUUCAUUAUUACUCCCGUUGGAUCGAGGAUAGUUCAUAGUUUUCCGCAACUAUAUGCAAACAUAAAAACCGUGCAUUCAUAUAUGAAUAGGAAAUUGCUUACAUUUUAAACGUAUUUAGUCGCCUCCCGCACCUCUUGCGAUAGAAUCCUAGAGUGUAUCAUGUUUACUGGAACCAGUGUGUAAGAUAAGACUACACCGACACAAAGCGACGGGAAAUCGCGUAAUAAGAUAUAUUUUUGUAAGUCCUCCAAUAUUAGCCAAUAUGCCAUGAUUAGUUUGUAAUAAAUAUUAUUCUGGUAGAGUUAGUACA